CGUUCCACUUCUCAACGUCUCCUUGAACUUUCCUAAAUUACCGUAGUAUCUCACGAAUUUUUUCCGCGAUCCUACAGUCGAUUUUUUCGUAAUUAUAACGCAUCGAGAUCCAGAGAAACGGUCAGCAUACUCAGCACCUUUCCCGACAUCCCCUUUCAGUUUUCCGAAGUAUCCAUCAGAUUUCGGUGAGUGUUUCGCUUCUUUUCGCCAAGAUUUAGCUAUUUCCUGCAACUGCGGAUAGCGAUUUGUGUGAAUUUUCUUUUAAUUUGCGUAGAAAUUUGUACGAUACGUUUGUCUAAUUCUGGAAAUUAAUUCUUCCCGUUUUGCUGUCGUAUGCUUUACCCAGCUUACAGUAAUGUUUGCUAUCAUUUCGGCCUUUCGUAACGUUAGUUUCUGUCUUGAUCGGCGCCAUUUAGAGCGUGUAAUUACGCUAAUCAGUAGUUAAGGGCACCUUUUCUUCUCCCAGUUAGACCAGCCUUUAAACACAUCGAUUUAUUCAGAGGAUCAUUUAUACGGUAGCAGGGAGGUUUUAUCAAUGAAUCGUGGUACUACUGUUUAAAAUAAGAGAUUUUUUCAAUUGAAAAUUUUCGUUUUUGUCUGGAAAACCGAAGAUCUUCGGCGGCAGGGUGAUGCAAGUGCAGCGUACGGUUUCUCGUGUUUGGCAGGGACGUAGUUGCAACGGUUGGCAACGAGUCGGGAAAACGGCGGGCUACUUUGCGCACGCCGCGCUACGGGCGCGUGGCGUUGGCGAUGCGCAAAUGUUGGCAGCGUCACUAGAAGUUAAAUCAUGUAAAUUUUAUAAUUAACGCUAGUACUGCACAUUCCGUACGUAGUAUUGCUUAAGUACUUCAUUGGUUCAUGUACUUACGCAGUCAGGUUCAGCAUAACAUAACAUAGAUAUCAUCUGUUAAUUUUUACAUUCAAUUAGUGUUUUAGUUCCCUAAUUUCAAAAUUUUUUAAUUUUAAAUUUCUAAUUAGAAAUACUGGACAUAACUGUGUGGCCUAUGUGGCAGCUUUACGCGCAGAGCUAGCUUUCUUCGCACGUACAAAACAUAAUUUUGUCGAAAUGCCUCUCUGGUUUGAAACGUUAACUUUACAUCUAUCAAGAAUUGCUCAAAAGUAAUCAUCAACCGUUUUUUUUGUUAUCCAAUGAAGGAAGGCCGCAGCAGUCGAUUCCGCGUAGUACUGUAGUGUACGUAUGUACCAUGUACAUAUCUGCUCGUACCAGGUAAAUAUGUACCACGCACACAAAUAAAUUAUUAAUAUCUGCAUGUACCAUGUAUAGAUAAGUGCCGUAUACAAGUCCGCAUGAUUAUUUUAAUUAAAAAUGACUGAUCUUCGAACGCGCACGUAGCCGUGUUCGAAAACAACGAUAUGGAAUUAACGAACGUUACUGGACUGGCGUUAUGCUUUAUCCUGGGUUUACGAUGCGCUUUUUGCAGUCACAGUGUUUAACUGCUUAAUCAAAAUUCUGAAUUUCAGUGGUUAAUUAAAAUUUCAUUGCUGUAAAUUAAUUCCUAUCGUAUCAGUGGAACAUGUACAGUACGUUUCGAUUCUGUUGAAUUUUAUGAAGUCUUUAAUUACGCAUGACGCUUUUUAACUGAAUGCAUAGAUGUGCAGUUGAUUAUUCGUUGAGUUUUCUUGCUGUUGGAAGUAAUGUGUUCAUCGUACCGCGUUUAUGACGUAUUGGUGUUAUGUUCGUAAUUGAAAUGGCGAUGAAAAUCUGCGACUCCGUGGCCUGCGCCUUCGCCGUCCUGUCCCUGGUUAUCGUUCCCGUAAUGGCCACUGGAAGCAUCAACGGGACGAUUUGGAAGCUUAGUGAGGCCCAGUACAGCGCAUUAAACCAAGAACCCAUCGUGAACGCAGCAAUUACCUUCGUGGCCAUGAUGACUUUCCUCGGCGGAAUCACUAGAGCGCUGGAACUGAUCAAGACCGGAUCCCGUCAUCUCCUGGCCCGAGCGGGGAUCAUGACGAAGCCCAGCAUGAAGUACUACUUGGACGAAGGAGAAGCCUGGCCCGAGACACCGCAAGAGCUGAGGGCCAAAGAGAAGCAGGCCCGCGCGACGUUAACCGAGACCAUGGCGUCGUGGUCGCUGACCAAGCCCAACGCGAACGCCCAAUACCGCUUUCUGAUGGCCGCACUGGACUUCAUCAACGUCAAAACCCACACCCUGGCGCAGUUGAUUGGGAAGAAGACGACGAAGUUGUCGGCCGAAGUGGAGAUGGUUCGGGUUGCCGUGGCCAAGCUGACGCUCGAGGUGGAGCGCCAUGGAGUCUGGCUGGUGAAGAUCGCCAAGGACCUCAGCGCCAUGGCAGCCGACACGGCCGGGACGAAGCGGGAAGUGGUCGGACUGAAGCGUGACAUCGCGGAGCUGAAGGCUUUGCUGGUCAACCAUUUCCACAUGGCCGUCCCCGCGGCCGCGGCCCAUUAGGGAAAUGUCCCUGUUGAUUUUGCUGCCCAGUAGUUUUCUUUGUAUGUAUUUAUAGUUUAUGGGCGCAGCUAUUUUGGCGUUUCCUCGCCAGGUUUCUUCUGUUAACCGGGUCAAGCGCCCGUAUUUUUUGUCGCCAGCUUCCUUCUGUGUCGGGUCAAGAGCCCGUUUUUUUGUUGUUAAUGAUUUGCCCAAGCGGCUCUGCUGCACGCUGUUGAAAGGGGCCUGCUCGAAAGCGUAAAAAGCGUG